AUGUACCAGAUUCCCCUGAAGGGCCCCUGUGUACGCAGUGUGAUCCCACCUUCCUGUGCCCAGCUCUCCAAUAGAGAGGCUGGAGAGGCGUGUACCAGCUGUGCACCCGGCUGUGCACACAUAGCACCAAGAAUACAAAGGGGACAUGCUGACCUUCACGUAUCCUUUAACAAAACCGAGAACUGCAACUCAUUGGGGGUAUCAGAGCACCCCAAAACCACAUUUAUUGAACCUUCUCUCCUCUCUUCUCACCCUAAUCCAGGCUCUUUUCACAUUGCCUCUCUUCCUGGAUGUAUAUUUACUCUGUGCCCUUCCUACCCUCCCCCUGCUGGUAUAUUCUGUGCUGUCUUCAUACUUGUAUCUUUAACUCUGGUGGGGGUGGCUCCUGGCUCUGUAUCAUGUUUGAAUGGGAUAGGUAUACUUGUAAACCUUAGUAGUAGUAAAAUGAGAAUGUUCACAUUUUGUAGAAUUGUUACUUUUACUGUUGUUCUGUGAGGGGAGUUGGCGAGGAAGAGGUUACUUGUCCCAUGUGGGUGUGCAGUUUUAUUCCUCCUAGUUACGCGGUGCCAAGAAGGGGUUAAUGUGUUAAUUAAUUACUCUUGCUGUGGGCGCUCUCUAGCACUCCAGCUAUGAUGGACUACGUUUCCCAUGAUGCUCAGCCAGUCUUCUACCGGCCAGGUGUAAUGAGAUGCAGCAUCCUUGUGAGGUUAGGGCCAUGUGUGCACAUAGGGCAGUAAUAAGUGAUUGUGACACUCCAGAUAUGUGUGAACUACAUGUCCCAUGGUGCUCAGUCAGCCUUUGCUCUUAUUGAACAUGAUGCCCAGACCUGUGACAGUGGCUCCCGAGGCUGUGAGUCGGGCAACCUUUUGCACUCCAGAUGUUGUGCACUACGACUCCCUCUGUUACAGCCACAGUGAUGGUAAAGCAUCAUGGGAGAUGUAGUCCACACAAUCUGGCGAGACUAUUGUUGCCUAGCCAUGCACUCGGCAGUCAGAGCUCCCAUUGCCGCCCUGGUACCACGGUAUACAGGGAGCGCUCAGCGGGAACAAGGCGCAUGACGGGUUAGCAGUCGGAGAGCGGCAGUGUGUGUGCUGCAGUGAGGGAUAAUGAGAGCCUCCCCACCCCCUGGCAUGCAGGGGGUUAAUGAGUGCGGUGUGCCCUGGCAUGCUGGGGGUUAAUGAGUGCGGUGUGAGGGGACCCAGCCACCACCCCAUCACCCUGCAUUACUGACUGUCCUGGGCAGCCAAUCGGAGCCCAGUGCGGUGUCACCCAAUCGGCUUGCAGAGGGGCGUGGCUUUGGGGCACGCGAGGUACACGGCUCUCUGUAUGUCGCGCGUACAGAAAAUGGCUUUGGGGUGCGUGACGCAAAGUCCAUUCUGUAUACAGACCACGCCCCCUAAGUUCUACGUCACCCAGCGCGGGAAGGGUUGAACUAUUGCGUGUUGUAAGAACAGCUUCCCUCCCCUUAUAGAGAGAGCGCAUCACGUGGGAUACAGACAUACAGCAGGGAGCUGCACUCUACACACACAGGGGUAGUCACACACUAGGUAUGUUCAUGGGAUAUUACACCGGAAUAGGGGAAAUUAUUCCUCUAUAGUGACAGACACUGUGAUUUUAAUAUUAUUGGAAAAGGAAAACAAAGGCAAUGUUGAGAGCUGUCUUAAUGGGGAAUACAAGUGAGUAGGGUUGUUGGAGAGAUUGAGAGAAAAUAGAUUUGUUUUUUUUUUCCUUUUAAGAAUAUAUAGAUUUCUUGUUUGAAUAAAGAACAGCUUGGCAACACAGCUUAGUUUUGAAGUUGAAAGUGUCACUUUAAGCACCACAACAACAGUGCAUUAAAGGAACACUCCAAGAACCAUUACUACUUCGGUGUGUCAUUAGUGCACUGGCACCCCAUCUUACUUCUUACCUGGAUUCUGCCAAAAACUGCACCCCGCCUCACUACUAAUGCCUGAGAGCCAAUGAGCUAAGACUGGCACUGAAAGACGCAGCUCAAAAUAGCUCAUGGAAGUUCCUGCAUUCGGGAAUAAUAAUGCAGGCGGGGAGCAGAGACUAGCGGACAACAGCUAAGAAGUCAAACUUCAUAAACGGUUUGACUCCUUACGGGGGCAGGAUAUUCCUGACACCAUAACCACUACAGUAAAACAAUAUUAUAAACUUCCUUUACUUGAUCUCACAGAUUAUGCAAACUACAUCAUCAAUGUACCCAGUACUGCAUGAACUACUGAAGGUAAUGCACAAGAGGAAUUUACCAUUCAAGAGUCUAUUACAUUUUAGGUACAUGGGAAAAUAGUAUUCAAGCAAAAUAUGUUUAGUUGUGUCACUUGUAUCAGGCAGAAUGGAUAUUAUCUUCGUGUACAAUAUACACAAGACAAAAUAUCACCAAAGCAAAUUAUCCCAGCAUCUGCCUUAUAAUUCUAUAGAAUAUUUAGAGUAGAAAAUAAGCCCUGACAUAUUAAAGAAGGGAUCUACAGAAUAAAAAAUAUUUUGGAGCAUUUUACUUUGGAGGAAGAUUAGUCACACAACUAAUUUUAUAGGGAAAACAUUGGUGAAAUAAAAAGUGGAGUGUUAAAAACAACAAAAAAAAAAAAACGUUCUUAGGUGUAAAAUGCCUUGCCGCACUAGUCACAAAGACAGCUGGUGAAAGUAUAUGGUUUGAAGCAAAAGUAUUCAUUUGAGAAACAGGGUUACCGUUAAAAGACUAUAUAAGGAAUUUUUGCAAUUAAAUUGUAGAACAGCCAAUUAUUCUUGCAUCUGGCAUAAUACUAAUACAGGACCAUUCUAAAUAUUUAUUACAGGGCCUGAAGAUCCCCUGGAGCUAG